AUGUCGACAAUUGAUCCAUCUAAUGCAAUUGAUGUUGAUUUAACACGUUCGACAAGUGGAGUAUGGCUUGUAAAAAUGCCAAAAUAUUUAUCACAAAUUCUUACUGACUAUGGCGAUGGUGCAAUAAAUGGUGAAGUUGGUCGUUUAAUUAAACGACCACCGCCACCCACACAACAACAGACCGGCAAAGGAGCAAUACCAGUGCCACCUGGUGGUCGUACACAAGAUGUUUUCUUUUGUCUUAAUGAUCAAAUUCUGGAAAAACUAAGAGAAAAAAAUCCAUCAAAAGAUUUUAAACCACCACCAAAAGAACAUCGUUUUUGUUUAAGUAAUAUAUCUGAUGGUGUUCUUCGUACAGUUUAUACUCGCACUGUAAAUCAUUCCGGUUCAGCGCCGACUGAACAAAUCUCAGUUGUUGGUAAAGUUAUUCAACGAGCUGAAGUUCGUCCAGUUGAAAAUGAACAAUAUAUGUCAAUGAAACGAAGACAAUUUGAAACAUCACAAGAACCAACACGUAAAGCUCAAAUGAUAAAUAAGAAAUCGAAUGUUUAUGUACCAAAACGUGAUCAUGAAGGAAACAAAGAACGUGAACGAAUGAAAAAAUUAAUGGGCAAACGUGUACGAAGUUCAGAAGAGACAGUUAAUCGUCUUAUGUUUGAAGCUUUUGCUAAAAAUCAAUUUAUAUCAAUGUCAGCACUUGAAACAAUAACACAACAACCAAAAAGUUUCUUACAACAACUUGUUAAGAAAUAUUGUAAUUAUAACAGUGCGGGACAUACAUAUGAAUUAAAACAACAAUAUCGACAUUAUAGUACACAAAAAGAUGAUGACGAAGAUGAUGAUGAUAUUGAAGAUGAUGACGAUGAUGAUGAUGAUGAUGACGAUGAUAAUAAUAAUAACAACAAUAAUAAUGAUAAUACAUAA